CAAAACUAACUCUUGGGGGAACCAAUCAGAGGACGGGGCGGGGAGUUGCGUGGUUAGUUGGCUGAUGAGAGCCUGCUGCUGUGGAUAUAUUGUAUGGUCCGAAACAAAUGGCUACAACCACCGCCAAUAUAUCCACCGGAAUCGGAAACGGCAGCGUUUCUAGGCGAACGGCCAUGGCCACCGCCACUACUCCUUCCACUCUCCCACUUCCCACUCCCUUCAGUGGUCUUAUCUUGCUCCGAGCCUCCGCCAGGUCGAUUCGCCGCCGCCCUGCCGUCUCGGCCGCUCGAACUCACCCCGCCUUGACUCGCUCUUCCCUCCCAAUUCGAGUCAGGGCCGCCGCCUCCGCUUCCUCGGAUGACCUCCCUAGCUCUUCAGAACGAGGUGUCGAGAAUUUGGUAAUUAUAGGUUCAGGUCCCGCUGGAUACACUGCAGCAAUUUAUGCAGCUCGUGCCAACUUGAAGCCUGUUGUAUUUGAGGGUUACCAAAUGGGUGGUGUUCCUGGUGGACAAUUAAUGACUACCACUGAGGUGGAAAACUUCCCAGGUUUUCCAGAUGGCAUAACUGGUCCUGAUCUGAUGGAUCGGAUGCGGCGGCAGGCUGAGCGCUGGGGAGCAGAAUUAUUCCAAGAAGAUGUGGAAGUCAUUGAUGUGAAGAACAGUCCCUUUACUGUAGUAAGCAGUGAACGUAAGGUGAAAUGCCACAGCGUUAUUGUGGCCACAGGAGCUACUGCAAGAAGGCUUGGAUUGCCUCGAGAAGAUGAAUUUUGGAGUAGAGGAAUUAGUGCUUGUGCAAUUUGUGAUGGUGCAUCGCCGCUAUUUAAGGGGCAAGUUCUUGCUGUGGUAGGAGGAGGUGAUACAGCUACAGAGGAAGCAUUAUACUUAACUAAAUAUGGUCGUCAUGUACAUCUACUUGUACGCAGGGACCAACUAAGGGCAUCCAAAGCAAUGCAAGAUAGAGUUUACAACAAUCCAAACAUCACGGUGCACUUCAAUACUGAGACUGUGGAUAUCGUUAGCAAUAUGAAAGGGCAAAUGUCUGGCAUUUUGGUUAGAAAACUUGAAACCGGGGAGGAAUCAGUUCUUGAGGCAAAAGGAUUAUUCUAUGGGAUAGGCCAUUCACCAAAUAGCCAAUUUUUGGAAGGCCAAGUUAAACUUGAUGACUCAGGUUAUUUGUUGGUGGAUGAGGGUACUGCAAAAACUUCUGUUGAAGGUGUAUUUGCAGCUGGAGAUGUUCAGGACCAUGAAUGGAGGCAAGCCGUAACUGCAGCUGGUUCAGGGUGCAUUGCUGCUUUGUCAGUAGAGAGAUAUCUCGCAAGCAAUAAUCUCCUAAUUGAAUUUCACCAGGGAGCUUUUUUCCAGGCAGCCAUGCAAUCCCUCAAAUCACUUUGUUCUUGGGAAGGAUACUGGGAACAUCUAGGGCUUUGAGCUUAAAGAUCCGGCUGUUCCUUUCAGCCCAAACAUGAGACACAGAUGCAGAUGGGUUCAGUUUUAUCGCAGUGCCCUGCAAAUUCUUGCCUCUGCCAUACUGUUUUACCCUGUCCACCUCAUUUAUAAGCAGCUGAACAUUUUUAGAAAUGCACAUUUGCUCAAUAUACAACCCCAUACCCAACUAGAGAAUUGGCAUUCUAAAAGAUGAUGUGAUUGUUAGAUUCUUGAGCACAAGGCACUAGCUGUAUCGUGUGAUUAUGUGAUUCAAAUACAUGAUGCUCCAGAACCAUAAAUCAAUCAUCCAUAACUAUCACCAAUUAAGAGUUCACCGCCAUGAUAAGCAUAGCUAAAGUUCUAACAGAACCAUCGACAAACAAAGCCAUUUUAAAAGUUGUACUCUGAAAAUUCACUUGUAAAACUAUUUUAUUUAAGUUGGGCAAGGCUGGGCCGGACUUCAAGGGCUAUUCCAAGUCCAUCCCAUUGAUUAAAAGGGCUCAAAAGCUCAACCCUAUGGACCUAAAUGUUAAUGCCAAACCCUUACUAGCGCGGGAGGCCGGUGUGCACCUAUCUAAGAAGCACAUGUACAGGUACGUUGAUACAGCAAAACCCAAAAUUGUGGGGUAUGGACCCUACGGCUAUGACAGAUGUAUUUGUAUAAUUUAGGACCAAUGUAUUACACGUGAUAUAUCACACUUCGAAUAAAGGACGUAGCUAAAUGACUUGGGCAAGUAGAAGUCCGGCAUCAGAUAAUAGUCUAACGCCAAACUUGAGGUGCAAAAUAGAGUUUAAUGCCAUUGAAGAACCUAUACACAAAAAUUGCUAUUUUAGAAUCGUGCUUAGCAUAGAAAAAGGAAGUCUUGUCGACUUAAUUUCAUUUCUAUAUGGGGUACAGUUUGAUAUAUAGUGGGGUACUUCUGAGGUACGACAAAGAUUCAAAGAGAAAAGUUUUGAUAUGUGUUUCAUGUACCUUACGGACUUUGAAUUACGGUACAAGUACGUGGGGUUUAGAAUUACCAGUGCUUCAUAGGCACCCAUAUUAUCACUUCUAUUGUCUUCCAUUCCAGGCAGAUAGGAUAAGAGCACUUUGGAUCUGUAAUAGUAUCAAGUUGCUAAUGCCUUAACUACUGCAGCACUGCCCAUAUCAAGCAAUCCGAAGUGCUUGAGUCUCAACUUGGUGGCCUGUUUCCACAGUUGACCGAGCAAUAGACAAUUGUUUUUUGCUAUCUUGAGCUAAAGCCUUAGAUCCUGCAGUGAGUGGUUUCCUGCUAAAAAGGGAAGAGAGAAAAGGGGCUGGAACAAUGAUUUUAGUGGUCAUUAUUUUCAGUGUUUGUUGCAGUUUUCUGAACCUUUCAACUGGAGCUCUGUAAUAGUGAAAAAUAAGAUUUACAAGGAAAGAAUUAACAUUAGCCACUGCUGAACCCAGUUGGUAGUCUAUAGAGUUUUCACCCCCAAGUCUUGCUCAUUGGUCCACAUCUGCUUUGGGCGAUGGAGACUAGCCAAUGGCUGGGUUUCACUGGUUUUUCAGGCAGAGAAAGUAAUUCCAAUCUUUACUUCUAUAGUCAUAUUGAAGAAGAAGAUUAUGCUCCUCUACUCAAAUUUUGUCAUUCUUAUGGUGGAAUGUUUGAGAAAAUAG